ACGGGAAAAUGCUGUCGUGAGCAAAAGCAAAAGGUGGAAAAUUCGUGCGAUAUAUUUUCCCGUCAUAAUAUUUUCCAAAAAUUUCCAAGAAAAUCACAUUUAAUUUACAAGGAAUUUUAUAUAAUUGGAAUAAAGUGCUAAUGCCCAAGAGACAAAAAACUCCACCCCUUCUGCCUUCAAUGUUGAAAUUUCGUGUAAAUGGAUGGUGAUGCUGUAAAAGCGGCAAAAGAGGUUUUUCCAAUGUGAUUAGUGGGUGAGUGUCCUUAUUUUGCCAACCCCCUCCUCGCAAAAUUCAUGGGUGUGUGCAGCAUAAAAGAAGUGAACGGAAGGUGAGACGAAGAAAUCGCAAAAGGUACUCUGGUGCAGAAUUCAAUCACACGGGGUGGUUUGUGCGGCGUGGUGGAUUGAAGUGUCGAUGAAGGAACUAAAUAUUGGUGGUUGAAUGAUGAAGACUUUGGGUGGCAAUGUGUGAGACAUUUUCUCGUGUGUGCAAAUAAAAAUCGUAAAUCUGGCGCCGAGGGAGGCAACGGGCAUGGGGGCGGGAGAAGUUGUGGCGGAAGAAAAUCUCCCAGAUCCGUUGGAUGGUUUGAAUUAUCUCGGGGAAAUCAACGAGACAUCCACUGAGGCGUACAUCGUGUACCCAGGACCCGACGAUGUCAGCAUCAGCCGUCCUUCGGAGGGAAUUUACCAGCAAUCUGUGACGCUCACAGCUCGUAUGUGGCCACCCGUUGAGGCGGGUCCGCAGAGGACAGUGUGGGGUCUUCCUGCGGUUGUUUGGGGCGUUGUAAUCGGCUGUACUGUUGUUGGGGUACUCGUGGUGGCCACCCUCUUCUUCUGCUGCUGGCUCCUGCCGCGGAGUCGAAAAUUUCUCAGUCCAUCGCGCUGUGGUGCUGCCGUUACAACAACAUCCGGAGAAGCCGGUGGAGGAAUUAUCAUGGCUCAUCACAAUUCUCAUAAUUCUCAACCGUGGACAGGUGUUCCGCCACAAUACACAGCUCCUGCGCCACCUGUUUCACACUCAGCCACAACACAGGGGCAUCAUGCGUCCAAUUCAAAGGCACACACAUCCCGGAAUUUAAUGCCAGGGAAUUUUUGUAAUCUCGUACCGUGUCAGAGCACAAUUCCCGAAACUCAUAAAUCAAUGUGGGCCAUUAAUCCACUCUACACCUCUAGUUCAGUUCUUAGUGAAUCCGAGGAAUCAUCCUACAGGACAAGAUCUCUUCCGUCAUGGGGAAAAGGUGCCAAACAGAGACCCGUCUCAACAACAGAUGAUCUCGAAGAACUCUACGCGAAGGUGAAUUUCAGCAAGAAACGUCGCAAUCGCAUGCGUAAUGACGAAGCAGCAAUAAUUGCUCUAUGUCGCUCUCGAUCACAAAAUUUAGCUGUUUUGCCCCUCGAGCGCGAUGGGAUUGUUGUUUAUGACGAAAGGACAGCCCUCUAGGAAAGCCAUGACAUAUUCAUUAUUAAUUCCCAAAUAAAAUUAAUUUGGGAUUCAUCCCCACGAAAACUAGUCAUAUUUAACAAAGAGAAAAUAGUAAUAAAAUUCCUGGACCAUGGUACGGCAUAUCAACUCAAUAAAGACAAAUAAUAAGUAUCCCUUUAGAGAUCCAGUAUUGAUAUUUCUUCUAGCCUAAAUUAUGUUUCUUUUUUUUGUAAAUUCCGAAAGAAUAAAAUUAUAUUGUUCUUCGGUGCAUAUAAAA